CGAAAUGCUGGAUAAUGUUCAAAUGUACGAUUCGACUGUUGAGGUAGUAGGUUACGUUGAUGGCAUAGACGCUCCACGUUAUGUAGGUGAUAAAUCUCAAUACAAAAUUUUUAAAUUCUAUUUAAACAAUGGUAGCGGAAAACGCGUGCAAAUCGUGCAGACGUGGAACGACGAUGUUGAUGUUGUAGAACAAUAUAUUAUAUCAAAUCAAAUUGUACAUCUGGAUGGCGUACAGGCUCGACCGCCAAAAAGAUUGAAUUUUAAUAACGGUAAUGUUUCUUUUGAACUGCAAAUUCGUUCUAAUAUACUUAGUUUAUUGUAAUUCUUUAUCACCCCUUUGCGGUCACAUGGGUUCGUGGUAAAAGUGUAUGCGUGAACUAUUUCAACAUAUAUAUUAGUCAUUUAUGUCUUCCAGUACUCAAAAU